CCCAAAUUAUAAAUGACUUCUUUCUUCUUCCUUGAGCUUCUCGAACGAACGGCUUUUGUUUUAAUUUCUUUUGGCUGUCUCUCGACUUCGUCUACUUUUGUUACUCUUUGAGUUGGGUGAUUAUGGCAGCAGCACAGGAGGAACGAUCUCCGUCGCUUGACGAUUGCCUUAAGCUAUUGAAAGGAGAGCGAGACGAGCAGAGGCUCGCUGGUCUACUACUCGUUACCAAAUUCUGUAAGAACGAUGACAUCGUUUCCCUCAAGAAGGUCUACGAAGCCGUUGGUACUCACUUUCUCGACCGUCUUUUCCGAACCGGUACUGGCAGUGGCGAUGGAGUUGAUAAUCGUGAUGUGUAUCUGCAGCUAUCUGUUACUGUUCUUGCUGCACUCUGCCGUGUUCCAGAGAUAGCUUCUUCAGUAGAUAUGGUCUCCAGAAUUCCCCUUAUUCUCGAAAUAAUGUCCAAAGGAAUAACUACAAACAUGCUCGAAGAUUGCUAUGAGCUUCUGUAUUUGGUGUCCACGGCUUCUGAAGAUGGUGUCAUGACUUUGAUUAACUCUGGAGGCUUGAGAGUGAUAGCUCCACAAAUGUCUGAUUUACCUGAUGGUUCACAUGCCAUGGAGGUUGCUAUAAAGAUUCUGCAAUUAUUGGUUAGUAAGCUUUCUGGCGAGAGCAUGAAUAUUGAAUGCUUCUUAGAACUGUCUUUGGUGGUUGCUGCUGUUGCACGGCAGUUUGCGGUGUUGCAUAAUGCCCUGAAGUUUGAAGCACUCCAUCUACUGUCUGCAGUCUUCUCGUCUGAGUAUUCUGCACUUCUUCAUGAACCUCUUCGUUCCAUGCCAGACAACAAUUGGGCAGACUAUAUGCGCACGGGUAUUGUGGCAAUUCUGCAGAACCGUGUGGCACCUUCCGAAAAGUUCCAUGCGUUGAUUCUGGCUGAGAAUAUGAUGUCAAUAUUGGGUGAAAAGUGGCUUAUCGGCGGGGUAAAAUUACCCAAUGUUGAUCUUCCAGCUGAUAGGUGCCUUCUGUUGGUAUUAGAGUCAUCACAUGUUGAGAUUUCUGUAUUGUUAAAUGAUCUCGCUUACAAGAAGUAUGAAGCUCCUAAGAAUAAUUCAACUGCUGAAGACAUUCUCUUAAAGCAACGGUAUCUACCCAUCAUGUUUUCACUGGUAGAAAAGAUCAUCAAAUAUAUAUCAUCUGCUGGUGAAAAUGAAGGGACUCUAACUGACGAAGCUGUCUUCCAAAAGGUGAUUAAAAUACUUAAUGAGACAGUAGGAGCGGUGCUCGAAUAUCUCAGAGAUGCAAAGGAACAUGGAAUUAAGAAAGGAAAUGACCUUCUUGCAUCUGUGCGAGUGAUUGGAAGCUAUCUUGCUGAAACUCCUGUUGCGUGCAAAGAGCAGGUCCAGGAUGUUCUGGAUUAUAUGCUUUCAGUGGAGGGCGAAGAUGAAUCCAGCCCGUUUUUGUCUACUUGCUUCUUGCUCCCAAUGCUUUGCCAAAUAACAAUGAAGGCAGAAGGAUGUAAACUCUUGGCCUAUUCAAGAGGCGAUAUAGCUGUUGUUGAAUGCCUAAUAAAAUUGAUUGAGCGCUCUGCUGAGAGUGUUGAUGAGGAUGGAAGCGUAUUCUUGGCUUGUGAUACAAUCAUGAAUAUUCUUUUGAAGAGGGAACAAAUAAGCUUGAUGUCAGAAAUUUAUACAUUUUCCAGUCUAUUGAAAGCUUUGGCAUAUUGGGCAGAUCGGAGUAAUGACCAUUCAGUAGUAAUGACGGCUGCAAGCAUCUGCUCUCUGAUCUUCGAUUUCACAUCAGAAGAUGCUUUACUCAAGCAACCUAAUUUCAACAGUAGCUCCAUGGAUAGUUUGGCCCGCCUCAUUACAAGAAGCUUGUCCUCAUGUGGCCAGGAUAUGUCUGAUACCGCGGAUCUUCUUGAAAUCAUAACAGCAGGAUACUCUCGAUGGAUAGAUCGAUUCCCCACCAUUAUGAAACAUCCCUUUGAGCAAUGAAGACUAUUAUAUUAUGUCUCAGGCUCUGUUUCUAGGGAGAGAAAUAGUAUUUAGCCAUUAGGCAAAAAGGAAAUUUUGUUCUGAUCAGCUUUUCACCAAGAAAUGAGAUACGAAAUUUAGAUUUUUAUAUUUUUAUGAGUCUAAAAUUUGACUUGUUAUAUA